AGGCCAGAGUGCCAUCGAAGGUAACUAGAGAGACAGUAAAGUCUUUUAUGCCAGGAAAAAUAAAAUGCUGGGUGUCUCACAGAAUUUCAGAACCUGAUUUCAAAAGGAUCAUAUGAAGAGGAAAUAAAAUUUAGUAUGGUGGACCGCUCUACAGGAUAUAUUUGUCAAUGGAAUUUUUCCACAUAUCAUACGACCAGCAAGAGAAAAAAAUAAUUAUUGUUGAUUUGAAUUUUGAUUGUGGAUUCUACUUUCUUCAUUUGGUCAGAUGAAAUUCCAAAGGCCGCCUUUUCUCUUCUCAAUUUAGAGAAAAAUGAGCAGGAGGAAUUGUUGGAUUUGUAAGAUAUGCAGAGCUGAAUCUAAGAGGCCCCCUUCAAACCUCACUUUGGAGGAAGUGUUGCAGUGGGCCCAGUCUUUUGAAAAGUUGAUGACUACAAAAUAUGGCCCAGUCAUCUAUGCAGCAUACUUAAAAAUGGAGCACAGUGAUGAGAAUAUUAAAUUCUGGAUGGAAUGUGAAACCUAUAAGAAAAUCGCCUCACGGUGGAGCAGAAUUUCUAGAGCAAGGAAGCUGUAUAAGAUUUACAUCCAGCCAGAGUCCCCUAGAGAGAUUAACAUUGACAGUCUGACAAGAGAAGCUAUCAUCAAGAAUAUUCAAGAACCCACUCGAACAUGUUUUGAAGAGGCUCAAAGAAUAGUGUACAUGCACAUGGAAAGAGAUUCCUAUCCCAGGUUUCUGAAGUCAGAAAUGUACCAGAAACUUUUGAAGACUAUUCAGUCCAAGAACAAUUCCUGAAUAUCCCUCGAAAGUUUCAAUUCGACAUGGCAGUGAAAGUACUGGCUUUGUUCUGUUAAUUUAAAAAAAACACAAUAUCGGAAAUAGAGUAGAAAUGAAGUAGAAGAAAUCAAACUACAAAUUGACUUCUAGUUCCCAAAGAGAUCCCAAAAGGGAUGGACUCUAAAAUUCUUAUACCAUAAAUAACACAAUUUCUGGCAUACCUAGGCAGCUCAGUUAAUAUAUAAGGAAAAGGAAGAUAUUUCUCAUGACACCAAUAUGAUGAAGUUUUUACUGUAGUAGUCAACUAAUGGAUGUUUUCCUAUUAAUGAAAUUUUUCUGUCCUAAUGCACAGAUUGGGUCUUUAAAACUUGUAGCUGUGUGAGUUGUCUAUCUAGCAUGAAUAUUUUCCAUAGAUAGAUGAAGUGCUCUUGAUAACGUUAAUUAGUGAAGUUGGUACCCACGGUACAAUCAAUUGUAUUAUAACAUGAGCAAUACCAAAAAGAUGUGUUCUUGAGAUUUGAUCUGUAAAAUUCUCCUACUAUUAUGUUCAUAACUGAACUUCUAGAUCGCAUAUAUCACCUACAUGUGAAAAAUUCCUGGUGAUUCUAAGCUAUUAAAAAUGUAUGAAUUUCUUCAUUUAUUUCUAUACUUACAUUGCUAUAAGGGUGGAAAAUUUGGUUCCUAUAUUCUGA